AUGAGUCCUUCACAAUUUCAUGCAAAGAAAGAAAUCCCCACCACCAAUAACAACAUUAAUGGAUUGUUGCCGCCACCUUUGAAAAUCAACAAGGAUUCUCAUUUCAUUAAAAAAUCAUCAUUGUCACCGCCAUCAUCAUCAUCAUCGUCGUCGUCCUCUUCUUCUUCAUCCUCAUCUUCGACAUCAUCUACCCUUGUUAAUAGCUCGAUGGCACCGGCAAUACCGAUAUCAUCAAACAAACCACCACAACAACAACAACGUCAUCCUGUGAUUAUUUACACACAUUCCCCGAGGGUAAUCCACACACACCCAAGAGACUUCAUGGCAUUGGUGCAAAAGCUCACCGGCCUCUCUCGUUCAGAGGAGGAGGACGGUGGCAACCCGCUACCACAACAACAACCGAAGCAAGAGCCUGGGAGCGGCGUUGUGGUGGCGGUAGGAGAAAAGGAAAGUGAGAGAAAAAAAAUGAUUAUUGUGAGAAAUGAAGACAAUGAAACUUCCUCCGUGAUCACGGAGGAAAAUAACUGUAGUAGUAGCAUCGGGGAAAAUCAAGUUAAUUCUUGUUUUAUGUCAGGGGAGCCACCAAUGUUAGAGCCUCCAUUGAACCCUUAUGUGACCAAUUUGCCGGUGUUGGCACCAUCCUCCGCGGAUUUUGUGUGUUCAAGCCAGCCAUUGUUGAAUUACUCAGAUUCAUUGUUCUUUUCUCAUAACAUGAGGACCUCUAUUCCAUCAUCUGCCACCUUAGAAGGGAUGAAAGAGUUCCGAGAGUAUUGA